UGUGUCUCUCUCUCUCUCUGUGUGCGUGUGUGAUGACGAAGAGAGAGGUUGGCUUAUUAUCUCGUGCAAGAGCUCGGACAGGUCCGGAUAGGUCCUCCCACCGGUGCCUGCCUAUUUAUACGGUUAGAAACGCAACCGUGGGUCGUGAUAAGAGGACGCGACUGGGACACGGAUACAUACACCAUCACAGCGCGUGCCGGCUCUGGCCCAGGCUGCAGCCAUGCCUCUUCUGGAAGAGACCACUCUGCCACAAGAUCACCCAACCACUGUACCCGUGGUCAUCAUAGGCAACGGCCCAUCAGGUAUUUGUCUGUCCUACCUGCUGAGUGGAUACAAGCCCUACCUAGAUACAGCAACUGUCCACCCAAACCCGAUACUAUACAGGAAACUGCAGGAGACCAAGCACCUAUCCAUCACCGAACAGGAUCUGGAAUAUCUGAGUGAAGGUCUUGAGGGGAGGUCAAGGAACCCUGUGGCUGUGCUCUUUGACACACUUCUGCACCCAAAUGCUGAUUUUGGCUACGAGUUCCCCCCUGUCCUUCAGUGGAGGAGAGAAAAGCAGCAACACAUCCCACAUCUGGUGCUGGGUAGGGCAACACCCGGAGGUGCUUGGCAUGCAAUGGAAGGCUCCAUGCUGACAAUUAGUCUUGGCAUCUGGAUGGAGCUUCCCGGGGUCAACUACAGGGACUUGACCAACGGGAAACGCAGGGAUGUAACCAGUGACAGAGCCACCCCAGAGGAGAUCUCAUCCUAUUACCGUAACUAUGUGAAGCUAAAGGGCCUCCAAAAGAACUUUGUUGACAAUACCUACGUGACCUCUGUCCAGAAACUCUGCCGGGGGCACGAGGAAGAAGCUCUGGAGAAUGGGCUCACUGAUCAAGGAGAUGGAGGGGUGGGAGAUGGUGGGAAUGAAGGCUUUGAGGGAGUUGAGAGUCUAAACAAAGGAGGAGGGGGGGCUCUCUGGGAGGUAAGGGGAUACCAGCAGGUGCAGAACGACACUCAUGUCCCCUUCUCCCUGUUUGCUGAGAAUGUAGUUCUGGCCACUGGUGCGUCCGAUUCACCGGUUCGAUUAGGUGCAGAGGGGGAGGACCUACCGUUUGUAUUCCACAGCAUCUCAGAUCUGGGUUUGGCUGUAAGCCGGAGAAAACUGGAUAUGAACUCUGAUCCGGUUUUAAUCGUAGGUGCCGGUUUAAGUGCUGCAGAUGCAGUUCUGUGUGCUUGUAACAGCAACAUCAGAGUGCUGCAUGUCUUUCGUAAGAGCGUAAACGACCCAGACCUCAUCUUCAAACAGCUGCCCAAGACCCUGUACCCAGAGUACCACAAAGUCUACAACAUGAUGUGCUCUCAGACCUACACAAACGUGGCUCCCUCCUCUGCUUCAAACAGACCCCAGGCAGUAAGUAUUGCCUCCUCAGUAUGUGCCAAGAUGUGCCCAAAGCCGCAACUUGCUGCAGGUAACAUGGCUGGAAAUGCCGGCGUCAGCCUGUUUCCUGACUACACCAGUUUCCCCGAGCACUGCGUGGUGUCCUUCCAGUCUGACAUGAAGUGUUUGCUGCAGGGGAACAAUUCCCUCAAGGCAUUCAAGAUCUCCAUGGUCCUAGUGCUGAUUGGGACAAACCCAAACUUGUUUUUCUUAAAGGGGCAGGGCCAGUACCUGGGUCAAGAUCCUACAAAACCCAUCUCCUGCACGCAGAACCCCAUUGACAUCCACCCCUACACCUUUGAGUGUACCAGGGAGCCAGGUCUGUUUGCCAUGGGCCCAUUGGUGGGAGACAACUUUGUUCGCUUUUUGAAGGGUGGCGCUUUAGGCAUUGCCUCAUGUCUGCUGAAGAGACUCAAGAAGAAAGGAAAGCUCAUCAGCAAUGGAGGAAAUAACUUCAUUUGAAAUCAUGAUGUAGAAAAGAGCAGAACAUGUUGGUUGUAGGGAGUUCAAUUGCUCUUACCAACUGGUGUAGAAGGUGAAGGGGAAACAGGAGCUUUCAUAUGUUUUAAUCACUUAGGCAGUGUUUUUUCAUCAAAGCGAAGUCAUUUUUACAACUUUCUGAGACCAAAAAGACAAUGGAUGUAAACUAAUCAGUUUCUAAAGAAACAAAAGACAGCUUUCAAGAGUCUUGUCUGACUUCAUAAGAAGUCCCCAGAAGUCCAAGCUACUAUGUGCCAAUGUUUUCUAGUCAAUCUGUAACCUCAUAACUGAAUGGGACCUUAUUUUCAUCAGGGUUAUUUAUUUGUUCACCAUGUGUCUUUCUAUAAUUUACAAACAACAGUUUUAUUGCUGUCGUAUCACACUUUAAGUCUUACUUUAGCUUUGUAUGCUCAAAAGCAGAAGCCACUGUGCUCAUUCUUCAUGCAACUUAUAGCUAUAGUCUGUAAGUGACAGAAACUCGCAGAGCAAUCUUUGGCCCCGCUUCCAAAGGUACGAUCAUCUGAACGCUCAAUUUAUAGAACCUGAAAUGGUGAUAGUUUGCAAAAGUGGAUGCACAGAAGUAUGUAUCUCAGAACAUUUAACCCAACAAGUUCAUGGCUAAGCAAUCUUAAACCCCCUUUUCCCCAAAAUAGCUCUGGUUCUGCAACUGGUUCCGUUUAGGAUUCCUUGAACCUCCAUGCUAUCUAGCCAGUGAACCCGUGUUUCCACCCGUAUUGGGUGGAGCCAUUGCACAUGCACAACAGAAGUAAACAGGAGUAGCAUGAUCAUAUUAAUUACCAGGGACAUUUUGUUCUGUUAUAACAGAUUUUUGUUUGGAUCCCAAAAACUAGCAUGGACAAACCAUUAACCAUAACCAUAACAAGACGUAGAAGACUAUAAUGUGCAAGACUCAAUUGUCUGUUUCCAACCUGUAGAUCAUGACAGGCCUACUGAUUACGUCAUGGUUUACACUUCAGGUCAAGGAAACCCUACAAUUUUUUGUUUCUGAAGCAAUUUAUUUUUGAUCGAAAUAUGAUUCAAAGUGAGGAGGCAAACUGGAACGGAAAUCGUUCCAUGUCAAUGGAAAAGGGGUAUUAAUGGUACUGAUUAUUCGGAGCCUGCUAUUUUUUAUUUUUACUUUUAUUUUUUAUACUUAAGAUGAUUAUUUGUUUAGCUGCUAUUGUAGGUAGUUGGAGCCAUAUGCUUAAAAAAAGUCAGACAACUUUAAUAAAUCUGACCCAUUGCUUUGGUUAUAUUGCUACUGAACGGUUUUCUAUGCAAAUAACAUAACUUGCAGAUCUGAAUGUAUUCUUGGACACCCAUUGCCAAUUCUACUGUUUGGAUUCAAGAAUCCUGGCAAAAGAUAUGGUCAUUAAAGGAUCAUUCUGCUGUUUUUUAAUUUUUUUUAAUUUUCCCAUACAAAAUAAUGGGUACUCCAGUGAACAGUGAAAUUAUAGUUUCUAUUUUUGUUUAGAUUUACAUUUAGAACAGCAGUCAAUGUAAAGGCAGUAGAGACUACCAAAUACAAAUAGUCUUUUUCACGGACGAUAAUGUUUGCUUUAUUUUAUAUUCCAGAAAGAAUGCUAAUACUCUCCCGUUUGGCAGCCAGUUUUAAAUUCUGACCUGGUAAGUUAUCAUCAAAUUAACCCAUGCUUUAAAUUGUGUUGCCCCACAAUCUGGAGUGAUAAAAUAAAUAAGACAAGAAACGCCAGUAUGGUCCUUUAACUUAACAAUUGCCAAUUACAUCAUGACUGGAAUACAGUGAAAAAGUAAUACAAUUGUUGCCUUCACAAUCCACUUAUCCUAACACAACAAAAACAACACUUAACCAGUAUAACAGGCUUUUUAUAUAGAAAAAUUAGAAAAGCAACAUUUUUACAUACCUUCUAAAUCAUCUAAAUUUAUAUUUUUAGUAAACUAAAUCUUAACCUCCUCUUUAUAUUUUGAUAGUUGCUUAAUGCCAUUUUUAGCAUGUUGUGGCUAUCCCUGUAAAAGCUAACAUCUACGCUCCAUCUUAGAUCUAUUUGAUCUACAUGCACGAAUGGGCAAUAUGUCAAUUACUUAUUGACAUAUCAUGUUUCUUUUAAUAUUGUGAAACAUGGUGCACAACUUUGUUUCCUUAACACGACAUAAAAAUUGCCACGUCAGACUUCUCCUGUAACUAUUGAGUGACACCAACUCAUUUCCCAUAUCACAUGAUCGGUUUUGUUUUUUUCAUAUUGCCCAUCUCUACAUGAGUGUAUAUAUAAAAUUCUUCUUCCAUUUUUAAUACCGCUUCACAGCAAACAGCCAACAUUGUUUUAAGUGUCAAAUAACAGUUCAGACAUGUUGUGAGCAGAGACCGUAGCAAUCUAUUCCUCAUGUCGACAAUAGUUCUCUUCCUUUCAGUCAUCUAAACACCGUUUGCCAGAGUGUGUUGCCAUAUGCAUAUUUUUUUUGUGUGUGUUGUCACGCACACGCUCAUGGUUUG